AUGGCAGAGACCAUCACCGCUGACUACCUGGUCAUUGGCGCUGGAGCCAUGGGCAUGGCCUUUGUAGACACCCUGGUCAGCGAUACCAAUGCCACUAUAGUGAUGGUUGACCGGUAUGCUCGACCAGGUGGCCACUGGACGACUGCCUACCCGUUCGUGCGGCUGCACCAGCCCUCUGCUUUCUAUGGUGUCAACUCUCGACCCUUGGGCGAGGAUAGGGUUGAUCAAGUCGGACUCAACAAGGGCUUGUCGGAAAUGGCUACCGUUGAUGAAGUCUGUGCUUACUACAGCAUUGUUAUGCAUCAGACCUUCCUCCCUUCUGGACGAGUAAAAUACUAUCCCAAGCAUGAGUACCUGGGCGAAGGGGAGUGGCGGUCAGCUGUUACGGGGAGUCUCUUUCGCCUGCAAGGCAAGGAUGGAAAGCAGCCGAAGAUUGUCGAUGCUACCUACAUGAAGGUAACGGUGCCUUCCAUGGGACCACCGCCCUAUCAAGUCGCAGCAGGUGUAAAGGUGGUCCCAGUCAACGACCUCCCCAAAACAACUCGACCUUAUGGCGCAUACACCGUAGUUGGCGCAGGGAAGACUGGCAUCGACGCCUGUCUCUGGCUAUUGAACAACGGCGUCGACCCGAAGCUCAUCAACUGGAUCAUGCCACGAGACUCAUGGUUCCUUGAACGAGGCGGUAUCCAACCAGGUCCAGCUUUCGCCAAGAAAACCUCUAAAAGCAUAGCGGACAUCAACGGAGCGGUCAUGUCAUCCACAUCGCCCGAGGACCUCUUCCUGCGCCUCGAAGCUCGCCAACAGAUCAUGCGCAUGACCGACAAAAUCUGGCCAACCAUGUUCCGAUGCGCCACGGUCUCCAUCGCCGAGCUUGAACAGGUCAAGAGGAUCGAGAACAUCGUCCGCGUGGGUCGCGUGCAACAGAUCACCACAGAUGAAGUCAUCCUCGACAGCGGCGCUUACAAACCCGCUCCAGACACACUAUACAUCGACUGCACCGCCGACGCCCUAGCCAAGCUCGAACCCCUACCCGUCUUCCGCGGCAACCAAAUCACCCUACAGUCCGUCCGCUACUGCCAGCAAGUCUUCAGCGCGGCCUUCAUCGCCCACGUCGAAGCAACAUACUCGGACGACGCCCAGAAAAAUGCACUCUCUCGAGUGGUCCCUCAUCCAGAUGAGGCGAUAGACUACCUGAUCGUGACCUUACAAAGUCACCGCAACGGCCUCGUGUGGGCUUCUCACCCCAAGACGGCUGCGUGGUUGUCUCAGGCGCGGUUAGACUGGUUUGGUACGUUGUUGCCACCGCCGCCGGAGGAUCCCGCAGAGGCGAAGGCGUAUUAUAUGGCUGUUGCGGCGCAGGUACAGGGGAUAAUCGAUAAGCUUGGAGCUUUGAUUGAUCAGCUACCGGAGAAGGAUGCGGCGAGGGCGAAGGCUCAGGUAGCGAGGACCUAG